AUUGCGAGUUAAUUGAGGAAGAUCUCGUAUCUCCCAUAGGUCAUCCCAAACUUGACUACCGCCGUUCACUUUAUUAUUGUCAUGCAUGAUGAUGGGAUGCCUGUCUGACUCACUUGCUUCUCUCCACACACAGUGGAGCUCUCACGCCGACUCGAAGUCUCGACCGUCAGUGACGUUUGCAUCACGUGUCUGUCUCUUCACUGGGUACGUACGUCGUAUUUUCUUCCACUCUGCCUGCCUGAUACCGAGAGCCAUUCGAAAUAAACAAGAGAAAGGGGCCAUUGUGCGACCCUGCUCCAGUGUCACGCUCAUCAUCCAUCGAUUAAGAAGGGGGAUAUACACCUUAGUAUAAUACAUAAACAAAUACCAAGUAAUGUAUCUGUCUUGCUGAAACCGUAUCAUUUUUUUUUACUUUUCUACCGCUACCAUAACAGUUUGGCUUGGACAAAGAGUUCUCCUUUGAAGUUGUACUGAGGACCACGAAGGGGGCCGGCCUCCGAGAGCUAUGGACAUUGUCCAGAGUCCCCCCCCCCCCAUGGCUGGCCCAUAGGCAACCGGGAAGCAACCAGCUAGCGCGUCACCCUCCGCUCACAGCGACCAAACCAGCCCCCGACCCGCCGUCGCCAUGGCGAGCAAGAGGAAGUCCACCGUCCCGUGCAUGAUCCCCACCAAGCGCGUGCACCUCCGGGAGGAGCUGGAGCAAGAGCCCCCCGUCCUGGUCCGUCAGGCCUGGGGCUCCGCGGGGGGCCGGCACAGCCCCCUAGACCACGGGGGGGAGGGCGGCAAGCAGGAGGUGGGGGAAGGGGCCGGCACCUACACCUGCAGGCCCUGUAACUUUGAGACCCACGACCUGAACCUCUUCCUGGACCACGUCUACAGCGGGCACCCGGACUUCCGCGCCGACCCCAGCUUCCUGUGUGUGGACUGCGGCGCGUCGGCGCCGAAGUUCGAGGGGCUGGCGCUCCACAACGCCCGCGUCCACCCCAGCACGAUGAACACCACCCUGCAGCUGCGGAGGAGGGAGCGCCGGGUGGUGGUGGAGCAGAGCCUGGUGGUCGAGCCGGACGCGGCGAGGGACUCUGAGAUCUCCAUCACCAAGACCCCCAUCAUGAGGAGGCUGAAGGGGAGGUCCGAGGCCAAGCGGAUCGUGGUGUCCCACGCGGGCUCGGACGACUCCUCCUCCUCGGACACCGUCACCGUCUCGUCCUCGAGGCUGGUGGAGAGGAAAGACACUCCGACCGUGACGGUCACCCACGUCCCCACCAUCGUUCACAACGGCGUCACCAAGGUGUCCCUGCCCUCGGCCAUCCAGAUAGUCAACGGCUCGGGGUCGCUGCCCAUGCUGAAGACGGCCAUCACGCAGGUGGUGUCAGUGGUGCAGAACAGAACCUUUCACCAGUCUUCCCCCAUCACGGUGUCUUCGGGCUCGUCCAACUCUUCCUCGGCUUCUUCUAAAAACCUACCCAAGGUCAUGAUUCCUCUGAGCAGCAUCCCCACCUACAGCGCCUCCAUGGACUCCUCGCCCUACCUCAAGACCUCCUUCAGCAAGUUCUCGUACCCCACCAAGGCGGAGCUCUGCUACCUGACCGUGGUCACCAAGUUCCCGGAGGAGCAGAUCAAGAUCUGGUUCACCGCCCAGCGGCUGAAGCAAGGCAUCAGCUGGUCCCCCGAGGAGAUCGAGGACGCCAGGAGGAAGAUGUUCAACACCAUCAUACAGACGGCGCCCUCCGGCUCCAACCACCAGCGGCAGACCUCCAACCAGCACACCAUCACCGUCCUGCCCGCCACGGGGAUCCCCCACAUCCUGCAGGGCUCCCUGGUCAGCCAGGGCGGCGUGAUCGUCACCCAGCCCGUCAUGGCAAACGGUUUCCAAGUCAGCGGCCCGCCCAUAUCCCUGGCGGUGACGCCCAAGCCCCAGGCGACGGCCCGGCCCAUGAUGCAGGCCCGGCCCGCGGCCGCCCUAGUGGCGGACAAGGGGAUCAGCAUGGUGGUGGGGACGGUGGGGAGCAGCAGUAACGGGAGCAACGUGAUCAUCAACAGCAGUAGGACCCUCGUAGGGGGAGCUACCAGUAUUAUCAGCAGUUUCAGCGGGAGUAACGGGAUCCGUAGCAGCACCGCCGCGAGCGGUCAGGCGAGCGUCAUCAACCUGAGCCUCGGCAACAGCAACCACGGCAACACCAACGGCAAGAUCAACAUCGUCAACGGCAAAGUGAGCCGUGCCGCUGUCGACGCGAUCAACGGCAAGAGCAACGGUGCCGUCGACUCGGCCAAAAGCAGCAGCAACAGCGGGGGCGGCGACAUUAAGAAGGUUCAGGUUAUCCAAGCCAGUGCUGUCAAGAGCGCCGCUGCAAACAGGCCGAGCACUGAUGUCAAAAACCCCGCGGACAGCAAGGGCGCCGACGGCGGCAACAGCGGCGCAAACAAAUGCAUCGCCAGCGCGAUCGUCGCCCCGACGAGCGUCUCCAUGCAGGCGGUCUCCACGGCGACCGGCUCCCCCUCGGCCCUAAAAGCGGAGGCCGCCUCCUCCUCCCCGGCCUCCAAGUCCGCCUCCCCCUCCCCCGCCUUCCACCCGAGCGGCGCGCCGGGCUCCCGCACGCCCAACGCCCUGCUGGACGCCAGCUGCAGCAAGGCCAAGAAGUCCCAGGAGCAGCUGAACGCGCUGAAGGACAGCUUCGUGGUCAACCAGUUCCCCGACAACGACGAGGUGGACCGGCUCAUCUCGCUGACCGGCCUCACGGUUCGAGAGGUGCGAAAGUGGUUCAGCGACCGCCGCUACCACUUCCGCAACCUCAAGGGGUCCCGCACCAGCGCGGGGGCAGGAGGAGGAGGAGGGGACGGCGGCGGUAAGAAGGGGGGUACACCCGGAGCUGGGGGCGCGGCGGGCGGGGGCGGGGGCGGCGGCGGCGGCGGUGACUUGGACGUUCCCGAUGGCAACGCCGGCGCCAGAACCCCCCAGCAGGCCUCGGCACCGCUGAGCCCCAGUCCCUCGCAGACCCCCACGUCCCCCACCACGCCGUCCCGCCGGACCCCCAGACCGCCCUCUCCAGACUUCACCGCCAUUCGCUACAAAGAGCGAGAGCCUCACCAGCUCAAGGCUCUGGAGGCCAGCUUCGCCCAGGAGGUGGAGCCCUCCGGGGAGGAGGUGGACCGGCUGCGGGCCGAGACCAAGAUGACCCGGCGCGAGAUCCACGGCUGGUUCGCCGAGAAGAGGAAGAAGGUGGCCGCCGAGCGCAAGCGGGAGGAGGCGGAGCGGGCGGCGAGGGGCGCCGCCGACGACACGGAGCCCAAGGAGGGCGCCGACGGGAUGACCGCCGCCGACGGCGUGCGGCGAGAGGAGGCCGAGGACAAACAGAAGGAGGACGGCCUGGGGGAGCCCAAGGUCAACCCCAUCAAGAUCAACCUGAAGAUGCUCAAGGUGACCGAGGCCAACGGCAAGCCCGAGAGCGAGGGCUCGGAGGCGGCCGGCGUUCCUCCUCUCCCCGCCGGAGCCUCGCCCUCGCCCUCCCCGGCCCUCCCCUCAUCCGCCACCACUAAACAGCCUCAAUCCCAGUCCCCGAGACCCUUGGCCUCGGCCGGCACCACCACCGCCACCGUGGCGGGCGCCAUCAUGCCUAAACCCUCCCCUCUCCGGGGUAAAAAGACAGCGGAGCAGCUACACCUCCUGAAGCAGGUGUACGCCCGCACCCAGUGGCCCAGCGCCCCCCAGUACGACGAGCUGAUCAAGGGCACGGCGCUGCUCCGGCCCGAGGUGGUGCGCUGGUUCGGGGACUGCCGCUACGUGCAGAAGAACGGGCAGCUCAAGUGGCUGGAGGCCUACCAGAGCAUGGUGCUGGAGGAGGACCUCCAGAAGGACAGUGCGCAGACCCUGCAGACCCACCUGGACGCCCACGGAGGCCUGGAGGACCCACAGGUGAAGGAGCUCUCCCAGGCCAGCGGCCUCACAGAGGACCUGGUGCGCUACUGGUUCUCCACCAAGACCACCCCUCUCCCGCCUCCCCCACAAGCCCAGGCAGAGGCCGCGGCUCCGGACAGGACGGGGCACGUUUCACCAGGGACGGCCGCAGCAACGGAAACGCACGAGAAACCAGAGAGAACCGGAGCCUCCGAGUCCCCGCCGCUGAAAGCCCCGGGGGAGAGUGAGGAGCCGAAGGCUGACGGAGGAACAAAGGAGGUGGAGGAGGAGGAGAAGGAGGAGGAGAGCAGUGAGCCGACGCCUUCUAAAGGAACAGAUUGAAGCUGGGUUGGGGGGCGUCUACGAUGCAGGUGGUCUGUUCAUAGUAGGGGCGGAAGACAGCAGAUGUGAUUGUAACAAGAUCACUGGGUACGCACCCCGGAGCCCCGCCCAGAAACCCCUUCUCCCCACCAUGUGGAACGGACACUCUAGUGACUAUAGCCCCCCUCCUGUACAGCUGACCCCCACCGACCAUCCACCACCACCACCCCUGGUCGCCUGUACGUUCACACCUUGCACGUUUUCUACUGUCCUCCGAGCCGCCAUUUUCCCUUUUUCCAAGGAGGAUCCUGUGAGGGACCAGU